GGGUACCUAGAGGUAUUAAGCAAGGCCUGGAUGGAGGAGCGUCAGGCAAGUUGGAGCCAGGAUGUAACUUUGAGCGCCAUGCGGUCCGGAUUUAGGGAGUUUGCGCGCGAAAUCGUCACCCACAUUGGGGGCGAAGUGAAACAGUUGAGGGACAACGUAGGCAAGUACUGCAAAGGCGCCAUUGAGGGUGCCAAAGCCAUAGCUGCUGCAAAUGGCGAGGGUAGACCCCGUAAGGACCCUGUAAAGCUCAAGUUCCCAGACGCGUACGGGGGAAAGAAAGAAGAAAACUUUGACAAUUGGGAAGCCAGUGUCAAUAGUUAUAUUUACUUGCAGCAUAUCCUGGUUGAGGAACAAGUCCUUGUGACCUUCCAGGCCCUUAAAGAUGAAGUGGCUAGCUUCGCCAGGUCUCUUGCGCGUACAGCCCGUUGUGAAAACAACUUGGUUGCAUAUUCCAAAGUCACUCCUCUUCCCCUAUUCCUCAAGCUCCUCAAGGAGCGGUUUGCUGAUCCAACGCGAGGCAUUAAAACCUCUGAUAAGCUGAAAACGAUCCACUCCCGGCAAUGGAGGAGUGCCAAGGCACUCAAGGGUACUAUGGACAACUUGGUUGCCGUCCCGAACCACGGGGUCACUGAGCCCCAGCUGGACCAAUUGUUUUAUCGUGCCAUUCCAGAGGCUCUACGCGGGCAUUUCUUUGACAAAUCUCAGCAGACCGGCAUGACUUACGAUGCAUUGAGUAGAGAAGUCAUUUUGUAUAAGUCGAAGUCUAUGCCAGUUACCACUUUCUGGCAUAAGGACCUGGAGAAGGGGAAGAAGUGGAAAGAUCGUACCAUCUCGGGCCAAGUCAAGUCCAAGGAUCACUUGAUCCUAACAUUAGAAGAGGGUGGUACAAAAGAGGUCUCAUAUGAUCAGAUUGUGUGGGGCCUAGGGGAGGAGUACAGUAGUGUAGGGCAGGGGAGGUCUUACGCUGCUGCCACGACCGGAGGGAGGCCGCAAGGUAGAGGAGGAGGAGGCCAGGGCCAAAGGGGCCAGACCAUGGGAGGCCGAGGACCGGGCGCACAGGGGGUUGGCGGACAGGGAAACCGCCAAGCGGGAGGUAGGGGUCAAGGUCCCCCUUUAAAUCGCCAGGGUAAUCGGUCCCCACAGCGAGGAGGUGGAAGGGCACCUCAAGGAGGAUAACACCCAGGCUUCCCGCAGGGCAAGCCCUGGGAAGACUUGGGCUUGGACUAGCGAUUAUGGCAGGAACGC